UCAACUCGUCGUGCGAUCAACCCAUCGGUUAUCCCAUAUAUGUCUCCCCUCUGACCACUUCCUUCGCAGAAACCAAUGACAACAUGAAUCGAGUCAUCGGUUAUCCUAUAACUCUUGGAAUGUUUAAAAGGGCUUUACUCAGGUGUUGGAAUCGAAUGAGAACCCGUUGUGGCGAAGGCUGUUCCAGCGGUGGCACUGGUCUUAACGCAGACUUCGCUGAACUCUCCUCAUCGACCACUUCGUGUCGUAGAGUCGAGUCGAUUGCACUCGAAAGAGUCCGGACUUCCAAUUAUAGCGAGUCUUCGAGUGAAUACGAUUCGAGUCGUUCGCGUGAAAUGAUUUACCGGCGGUCGCGGACACAACCGCAUCCCAUGUCAUACCAUCACUUCAAGUAUUCCGACAGUAAGUCCAGUGCCAGACAGGCGGCCACUCUCGUCAACUUAACGGCGUUGAGAUCCGUUCCGCCAUCCAAU